CGGAACGCGGUUCGGCUACCAUGCGCGAAUGCCGUCAAUACUCAAGACUUGCUCUGCGCAUCAACAACCAAACGGGGCUUAUCGUCGCGCGUAUAUCUCGAAUCGACUCACGUGUGUGAGUGUGUGUGUGUGUGUGUGUGUGUGUUUGUGACGUGCGAAGGUGUGUGACUCACGCGGUUGUUGUCGCGAAUCGCGCUGCGUUUUACCCGAUAAGAGGAAAAACACGUUCGCAUCUGGCGGCACAAAUAAAAACAUCACUUAAUCAUUUAAUUUCGGCCGGUCGGAAGUGGUUCAAAGCUGAAAUUAGAUCGAGCAUGUUGUGUUGUUAUUGUGCAAAUUCCGAAGGGAUGUGUUAUGAUCGUAAAAGCAUCGAGUGAAUGUGAUCUGUGUCGUGUGAGCAGCAUCUGAUGCCUACUUCGCAUAGCUAUACUUUGAUGCAAAUUGUUACCCUACAUGUUCGUCGAUUGGAAAAUAGGGAAUAAGUGGCAAAGAGUGUGAAAGUGGAUAUGCCGGCAUGUUUGAGAAGAUGGUAGCAAUUAUGAGUUUCCUGGAUCGGGAUAAUAAUUAAGAGUAUUGUAGCUGAGUCAGAGGAGGAGUGAGCGAGAUGCUCUCAAUUUGAUUAGUGUUCAUCAACGGCGGUGCGACGCGCCCAGCAUAGUUUCUUGGCGUUAAUCCAAUCAAAUCCAACUGCCAAGGACAACGAAGUGGAAUUCUUUGCUGCCAGCCUGUGUGAGAGACGGCACGUUAGAAGCAGCAACCCGUGGGUGGGAGGACUCGCUAGAAAACGAGAAGUCGAGAGCAGGAGAAGCGAGAGGAGAAGCUCCCAUUCACCUAUAAAAGGAAACAUAGACACAACUCCCGCCACAUCCUGAGGCCCGCCGUCGCGCUGGCCCACUACCUGCAGAAUCCACCCCAAGAGCGGGGCGCCGGCUCCCUAUGGGAAAGUGCGUCUCCAAGCAGCCGGUUUCUGGACUGAACGAGCUCGGAAGCUCCCCGUAUCUCGCCAUCUGCAACGAAGAUGACAUCAUUUACAUCAAUGUGGGUCAAUCGGAAAGCAAGAAAGCAUCCAAAAAGGCAGCCGCCGGCCAUGAAACGAAAGGCACGGCCAUGUCCUUCGGAUUCAAGAAGCACAAAAUACACCAAUCGAGUGGCGGCGGCAAGCUGCCCCAUACGACCAUCGGUGGCGAUGAUACGGGCGCACAGACCGGGGCGUUUAAGAAAGUUACCGCCAACGCCAGCACUAUCACUGGUGGUGCCAACGCCAAUGGAAAUCUUCUGUUCGGACCGGGUUGUUUGGAGAAAGAAAAGGCGGCGGAAAGCGACAAUGCAACGGUAAUAUCGAAUCCAGGAGUCAAUGGCAUUUUCAGCGAUAAGAAUGGCAACAUGGAUUCAACAGAGCUAAUAGACGACGACACAACCAAAGCCAGUGGCCGUUCAACCCCACGUCUUCAGCCACCCAAAAAAGAUUCGCAUGGCGGUCCGUACCGGAAUAACCGUUUCGGUUUUCGCUCAAACAACGUUAUCCGGCCGGCGUCGGUGGGACUUCAGCCGAAAACUCUUGCAGACUGCGAUAAGCAACAUUCCAGCAACAACUACAACAACAACAAUAACAUAAACGCUACUAACAAUAACAAUGUAUACGUCACUGACAAGCGUCGUUCGAAGAGCGCCCCAUCGGCGGCUUCUGCGCGUACAAAUCACACAUCGCAACUACAGGCGCCAUCGCAUCAUAUCCAGCAUGGUGCACUUCACAGGCCACAACCAAAAUAUCAAUCGUCAGCUAAUGCGACCAAAAUAGCUCCAUCCGAAUCGUCGACCAAUGCAGCCAAUGGAGCGCAACAAGUGGUGAAGAGAUGCGAUCAAGCGGAGCAGAAAAAUACUUCGCACAAUCCACUGUCAUCACACCCACAUCAGAAGGUGCCGAAUGGCGGUAACGCAGAGGAACCGCGAUCACAGUUGAGCGUAAAUAAUGCCAUCGGCCGACAGUGCGUCUCAUCGGCUGAUCCCGGACAGCAGCAUGCCGCGGCUAAUUUACUAACGAAGGUCGCACCAAAGGCAGCAGCUGCAAUCGGACCGGAAGCAUCAUCAUCAUCGGUGGCUAAAUUCACCCUGCACAGCUCGAGCCUUCCCAAGCCACAGUAUCCAGUCCCGAUAAGUCUACCAUCGGCACCCCCACGCUUCGCCAUGGAUGCAAAAGGGGCCAAACAAGCGGUGAACAUUAGCCGUAAAGGUACGCUCCAAAGCCAGCUUUACCACAGAUCACAGUCUGCCGGCCGUGACGUUGAUGAUGUCGAUGAGGAUUCCAAUCCCGACGUUGACACUUCCGCAAACAUUCGUAUGCCACGGCAGCGCUAUCGCAACCUGGAAAUGGUCAUGAGCGGACGCCACAAGUUCGAAGUGCGCGAUUUGGAAACCCUAACUGCUGAACCAAUCGUUCAGCUUCCCCUUCCCAAGCUGCCAAGUGCGUUCAACAGCUCAGGCCAGCAUCAGCAACCGAUCCCACUGAGCGGUUUGGUACGAUCUUCGGAACUUCCCCGACAGCUGAGCGAUGAGAUCGACAUCAAUGACAAUCGAUACGAGUCAGAACAACAACAGCCCGACGAACAGAUAGAUCGGAAGGAUUCCGUCGCAUCGUCGGAUGUUGAAAGUUUUGAGGAGAAGCUUGCGAUGGAUAAUAAUUCGUCGGAGAAAAGUCUCAAGGGAGCGAUAAUUAAGGAUCUAGCUGAGUCGCAUUGUAGCAAGACUUCAUCGCCAGGGAGUUCCAGGGCUUCUUGGUGCAACGCAGGUGAAUCGAUGGCUGCAAAGGAGUGUAGCAGUCUGAGUCUGAGCAGCAGCGAUGACAGCAAUGUGCACAAUAAGGCGAACAGAAGAGAACUGCUCACCGAGGAUGUCAGCACUGUCACCAUCACCAUUGGCAAUCCUUCGUUAUUGUCUUCACUCUCGGCGGCAAUGCCAAUGGAUGUUUCAACCAACUUGGACAGUGUGUCAGAGGUCCAAAAUAGCUUCAUCGAUGACACUCUUUCCAACCAAACAGGGACUAACCAAAUCUUCCGCACAGAGGAAACCAAGUUCGCCGAGAUUGCAGCAGCCGUUGGCGACGCCAUCCUGUUGGACGAUGAAACUUCCCCGACGGACAGUUUGGUCAGUAGCUGCACGGAUUCGGAUGACGCGCGAAAGAAUCGCAAGAAAAGACCCGAAGACAAACAAGAGAUGGAAAAGGAGAAAGACAUCGAUGAAAUCUCGCCGGAGUUUGACGAACUCACCAGUCCUGUUUCGCCCGGUACUCCAACGCAUGCUUCGAAUUCACUGUCACUCUCCGAUGGGGGUAAAGAUUUCCUGAUCGAUGACGAGAUCGCCGAUCAACCGGCACUGAUGUUUGACGAACCGACAGCUCACAACGACAGCAUGAUCGAUCUGUCCUCAAUCAAUUUGCACAUCAACGAGGACACUCCGACUCUGAGGGAUUCGGUAUCCUCGAUUCACCGGAACCGAUCCGCUUCGAGGAGCGGAGCCCCAAUGCCAAAGCCAAGAAAGAUUAUGUCGGACGUUUACGAUUCGCCGGUAUCGAUUCGGAAGAAUCGAUCGCGAUUGCCACGAUCGGAAUCGCUGGAUACACUCUCCCCGUGUGACUCAAUCGCUUCGGAUGAUUUUAUGUUGGAUUUCAACAGCAGCAUGGAUUCGAUUGACAGACCACCCCGGUCAAACGCCAGUGGAAGUGCUUCGGCACUGCUCUCGAUGGACGAAUUGCAGCUUUGGUCGGAGCUCGAAAAUAAAGGCGGUCAACUGAUGCACGAAUGGAGCAAGCUGCUUCGCUCACACCGAUCCAGCAACAACAACACAAGCCGUGAGAGCAUAACACCUCAACUCCCGGCCAGGGCUACCCGACUCUUGACUCGGCGCCUGCAGAACAAUGCCACCCCGAUCAACGGUGGCACACUGGGUUCCGACAGUCCUCGUUCGAUGGAUAGCCUCCCUCGACGAACAGCCCUUUCAGCGGCCUAUAAAACGGCCACCCUGAACCAGUUCAACAACAACAACACGGACUCAGCUUCUACGGCCACCAACUCGGCCGAAGAUCUCACCCUGCUGGACAAAUCGCUGCGGAACUCGAUGCUCCACGACGUGGUGCACUUCAAGAAGCAACUGGUGCGACUCCGUCGGAUUCUACAGGAGGAUGAAGAAAAUUUGAUGAUGACCGACACUCUCAACCCAUUUGAGAAUAAUAAUGGGCAAUUCUUCACUACUGCUACUACAACCACUACAAACGUAACGACGGGAGUCGCAACAGCACCAACGGAGAGUGCCAGUGCCGCCAGCGUGGACAUCAAGCAGCAGGAGAACACCCUGAUCAAGGAGUCCGGAGUGGUGGCACUGGCUCUGCUCGAGGACCAGCGGCAGGAGCUGGCGGAUCUCAGAAGACAGGUGGUUUACCUUCAGGGCGAACUAACCGCCAAAGAUCGCACCAUCCGGCAGCAGCAGAACCUGAUCGAGAAGUACGAAAUCGAGCGGGAGAAGCUCCAGGCAGGAUUGUCGCUCGUAUCCGACGGUACCGCAGGAGGAGCUUCCGGUGAUAAGACUAUUGAUACAAUCAGCACAGCUACACAGACUGAGAGGUUAAGGCCAAUGUCAUUCGGUGGACAGGAAGGAUUAGCGAGUCGAAGUGAACCAGCUUCCCCCUCACAUGCGCCAGUUCUACGCAAUGGCCUCCGAUCUCCUGCAAUCGCCAACAACCAUAGUAACCAUCCCCAUCACAUUGCAAAAGGAAACAACAGCACAACAACCCCAUCAUCACCAUCAUCGUCGGCACUCAUCAACAGCAGCCGAACGUCGCUAAAUCUGAAGCCAAAAACACAAAUUUCGUCCGUUUACGCGCAGCUCUCAUCCAUAAAGCACUCGACCCAUAAUAGCACUGCAGCAGGUGGAUCCCCAAACGCGGCACUAGUAGCUAUAAGCCAAAAACGAUCUUCCCUGGGAUCCCAUGGUAACCUUAGCAACAACAACCCGGCCACUAACACUAGCAAUACCAACAGCAUCAACACCAACACCAACGGUUCACCCAUGAAAUCCGUUCGCACCACCCACAUCGGAAACGUGCCGAUCCCCAGUGGUAAGCUAAAUCAGAAGGGCAUCAAUGGUCCCGCUUCACCAACCAGUCCAGCGCCCGCUAACGGGAUAAAAUUGCUCAAAUCCUCUAUCCGAAUGUCUACAAACGGUGGUGGGAACGGAGCUACUUUCCCCGGCAAAGAUCUCGCUGUCCUUCCAAAGCCUAAGAUAUCGGCAAUCAAGCCACCAUCUUCCUUCGGGUGCAACACUUUCCCGGAUCCGACGCCCAUUUCGCACAAAUCUCGAUCGGCUCCGGUAACGCCGCUCAGUGAACGUGUCCCAUCGCCGCCGCCUCGAACAACUGUCCCAGACAACGUUGUUACCAACAUGGAAGCGGAAGGAGAUUCCAACAACAAUCAGAAGAGCAACCGCAGCAACGGUGCACAGGUUAACGAUGAUGAUCGAGAGCAGAUCGCCGAAGCGGGAAAGGACGAUAUAAACAAUAAGAUCAAUAGUCUUAGACUAGCAAACGGAUUGACUGGAUAUAAUGAUAGUAAUUGUAAGGAUAGUAAUUUAGUUAUCUAGUUUAGUAAGAGAAUACUUAUUUAUAUAUUUAAAUAAAGCAGAAAAAGCCCUAUAAAUGAAUGUGAUCCAAUAAUCUAAAACUUGCGCUUGAAACAGUUACUCAUUCAAAACACAUCCACAUUUGAAAACAUAGCAUAGAAACAAAAGUGACAAUGAAAUUAUACCCUUGAAUUUGAAAUCGACAGGCUUAAACUAUAUACUCAAAACCAAAAGUUUUCUGCUUUUUUGGAAAAUAACAAAUAUAUAGACCUACAGUCCAUUUUACCCUAAACACGCAGAGGCAGCAUAAGUGAAGGUAACUUGUUUCCAAACAAUUGCUUCUAUUCGUAGAGAAUUUUACGGACGGUGCUGAAAAGACGCUACUAAGUAAAAAUGUUCAUCGUUACGUUAUUACUACUCCCUUUUUGGAAAUAUCGUGCAAUCGUUUAAUCACUCGUUCUAUCAUUUUACCACUCUCCCCCAAAAAACGAAUGCUAAGUUUUACUAGGAAACCUUUAUGAAUCGGGCAAGCGCCUGUUACGAAUAGCGAAAAUUAUUGCUAUUAUUAUUAUGAUUACGAUAAAUAAGUUUAAAUCAAUAUCAAUAAUUCCUAUCGAGCUGAGAUCGAAGCAAAUAAUAAAUUAUUUCUGUGCUACAGUAUCAACAAUAAGUAUUCAAAACCCAACUUGUGGUAAGGAAACCCGGAAACGGACGCAAAAAGGGCAAAAAUAUUCAAACCGCAGCAGUAUGUACCGUUUUACUUAAUUCCAAUUACAUAAUCGAUUCGAUGCGACAGGCGGUAAUCAGAGUGGCAAUUGUAACGUGAACUAAUCGAGACAUUCAAGAACAACGUUUUGAUCCAAUCGAAUCAAUCGGAAGACGCGGUCGUUCGGCACUAAACUGAUAUGUUGAGUAUUGUGAAAUAAAUGGGGAAAUAUAUCUGUAUUUGAACUACACAUAAGAA